AUGGCAUCGCAAUGGCGGAAAAUUUGAUAGAAUCACGAGUAUACCUAAUGUAAAAUGUUAUGAAUAUACUGCUUUGGUGGAAAUUUUGAAUUAAGAUGUUGUUAAUUUAUAUAUUCGUACUUUUUUGUGGAUUUCCCAUAGUCCAGGGACAAGGGAGAGUGUAUAUUGGCUAUGCUGGCAGCUCCACAAUACCUGUGCUCCAGUUCUCACCAAAUGAUGCUGCAACACAUAUAGUUCCAGUGUAUUUACGUGUGAUAAAUGCAACAGUUCCAACUGCUGUAGGAAAUAUUUUUCCUGUUGUGCAGGUGAACUGUGAACUGAGCUACCCAGUUGCUGGAUACAGUAAUGCUACUUUUACUCCAAAGACUCUUAGCAGUACUAACACCAAUGAGACUGUCCAAUUUACUAACUUUGGUGUUGGACGUACUUUAGAUGUGCGAUGUUUUGCCACAUCUACGAGUGGCCAGUUUACUAAAGCUGAAUCUAUCAGUCCACCUGUCUCAUUUACAAUUAUGAGUGCCCCAGUUGUCAGUAUUUGUACAAAUGGUGGAGUGGUGGUGCAGAACUCCUCGGUCCCACAGACAUUUCAAGUAGGAUUCAGCGAGGCCACCUCGGUUCCUGUAAAUGUUACCUGUAGCACUGUAGCAGGGAGUGGAACACUUGUACUGAACUUAACACCAGUCACAUCCAUUGUCAAUAGUAACAGGACCACGGUGACUUACUCAUUUGUCACUGAUGGCACACCUGUAAUGGUCCGCUGUUCUGGUCAGUCACAGACAGGCACGCAAUACCAAACAGCUUCUUCAACAGGGACUGGUGUUAUGUUCUCAUUAAAUGAACCACAAUUGAGGAUAUACCCACGCUAUAUGGAAUCCACAUCACCUUCAUUCAAUUUGCUACUAGUGCUGGAGUCAGCAGCUCCUACUUCAGGGAUACCCCUGCUAGGCUGUACAGCCACCACCUUCAACAACACACAACAGGUGACCCAGGCCUUAGACCCCAACAACCGACAAGCCAACUGUCCUUCAACUUCUACAACCACUACUACCACAACUACCUCUGCUACGGCCACUACUACCUCCCCCACUACACUGACUGGACCAGUCUGGGGUGCUCUCAUCACGAAAACUUACCUGGUGAAUGUGACCCGCCGUAGUGGUGUGACGGCCGCUGUCACAGAGUACGUCGUGGUGACAUGUUGUUCUACUAGUGGUUUGGUACUCUUUUCUGAUGCUGUGUUUGUGGAGGCUAACCUCACACCCAAUGUGACACUAGAUUGGAGCAAGGCUACUGCAAAAACAGCUGUAAAUGAUGAAAGGAAGUACCAGAACCCAGCCUAUGUAGAUGCGGCUCCAUGUCCUUGUGAUCUGACCUUUGACAUUUGUGAUAUCAACUGUUGCUGUGACACGAAUUGCUCCGAUGUAAUGAAGAAUUCCUUUUCCAACUGCAUCCCUGGCCUGGCUGGGGGACAGUCGGCCCCCGUAGCAGAACAUGAUUGUGCCUCUACUCACCCCCUCAAGGCUGACUGGUUUCCUCUGAUGUGUGUAUAUCGCGAGUACAAUGCCCUUCUCGGCUACUUCUUCGCAAACUCACUUAGCAUCCGUGCUUCACAGAAAUUUCAGGAGAAAAUAGCUGGAAAAGAAUUUUACUCGUACAAGGAGGAGGAGUUGAGAGUAUCUUCUGUGUCAUCCACGCCUUACAUCUCAGGGUCCUUAGUGACAGUUAGUCAGGAGGGGACAACCCAGGAGUAUUCUGUACCCCUGAUUCUACCUCAUCGUGUCCUGUCUGGCCAGUGUAACCUGGCGUCACCUGUCCGUUACCUAAAGGAUGACACAUCAGACUGCCUUAUUGAGCUAAACCAGGCCUCGUGUUCUGUAGACGGGUCAUUCAAUGCCCUAUUUUAUGUAGAGUCCAGCAGUACCAGGUCACCUUCCUGUCCCAAACCUUUUGUUGUUCGCGGCAACAAUGGAAUGAAUAGUACCAUAGCAGUGACAUCCCUGAAUUAUUACUGUACCACUGACUUAACAGGGUAUAUCAAAGACAAUUCUACAAUGUUACCCACACGACCUACAAACACAACGACAUUUAAUUACACUAUGCCGGCCCUUGCUGAUCAGGAUGAAUGUGGUAAUGACAUCACCACCAAUUUCAACACUAUUGCCACCAGUACUUCUAAUGAGACCCCCCUCCCUCCACGUUGUGCCUUCGAUGAUGGGUAUACACGUCCUCCUGUCCCUUCACUUGUAAAUUCUGUGUGUAAUUUCGCAGUACUGGAGGUCCGUUACAGGUUUUACUGGUCAGAGUCACAAAUACUCCGACUGAAUGCCACAGUCAUUAUGGGAAAUGUACCUGUUGGCAACGUGGUCACCCAGAAAUAUUCCACAGAGUUUAUACACAGUAGUCCUACCAACGUUAGCCAGGAUGAUUAUCUGGGCCUAGGAACAAGCUUUGAACGAUCAGGCUGGCCUGGAUACGACAAAGGGAGGCCACUCCUGACCGGCUCAGCCAUGACCUUGAGUGGUGGGGCAUUCUACGUUAAUCAGAACACGAGCAGGCAACAUGCGUUGUGGAGCACUGAUGUAAAUGGACUGUGUUACAAUGCUGGGAGAAGGCCAAUACUGUUUGGAGUGAACUCAUUUACAAGUUGUGAUAUAUAUCUUACUGCUGCCGACCUGUAUGGGGAUUGUGAAGAUUUGAGAAAACUGUUAAUAAAUCGCCUGAAUAACCUGAUGGCUGCGGAUAGAAUCGGGAGAUAUGGUAAUAAUAAUCCCUACGACGAUACCCACUGGAUUACUGUCCAAAGGGGUAACUUGUCAUACGUCUGUGAUCGGCCAGUCAACUUAACAGAUGCUGAUGUGAUUGCCAGAGAAUCGAGCGGCAUGUGUACUGAUGUGGUUACAGGUAUCAGUUUAGAAGUGAUGUAUGCGGAGACUGGUAAAUCUAACAACCAGCCUAUCUAUGAGGUGAUAGGUUCCUUCAUCAGCUACACCAACAUCACGCUGAACAUGACUUGCGGUACGAGUGGGGAUCCUGCGUGUCAGGGUACAGGGGUACAGGCGUUCCCAAUACACAGCACUGUCAACUUUGUCAAGGUGUCCGCUCAAACUCCUCCAAGGAUCGACAGGUGGCAGGAAUUCUACGAUGAGUCCAUCUGCAGUAGGGACACUUGCUGGGAAGAACUUAUUUAUCCACUAUCCAGUGCCUACGACGGAGACACAAAACAGUUCGCCCUCGCCAUGGUUCUCAUUCUCAUUCUCUUCGUCAUUGGCUAUCUCAUGCUUGUCAGGCCAUGGUGGUCUAUCAACAUAUAAUACCUAAUUCUGGUCAUCAUAGACACUGGUUAGCCCACAUCGGACAACAUGGACGCUGGUCACCAUGGAUACUGUUCACCAUGGAUACUGUUCACCAUGGAGAUAAACGAGAGUCAAUUACUUUUUUUCCUUGGCCAACACCAACUACACCAACAUUUAAUGUUAGAAUCUGACCCCCACCACCCCAUGUCACCUAUCAAUACUUCUCUGCUCUUACACAGGUUUCAAUUUAUAUCUUUUUUUUAGAAGGUGAUUAAAUUAGUUAAAGUGGAUUUGACCACUAAAGGUUAAAAUUGUGCAUGGGUUGUUGACGUUCCUCGUGAUCAGAUCAUGCAGAUGAGAAAUUAUUUGAUAUUGCAUCACAAAAAUAUAACUUUUUACUUGAGUUUCUUGUCAGUUCAGUGACAUGUAUUUUUAAAAGUCUAUGGAAUCAAAUUGUCAACGUUCUUGUGAAUAAAACAUGAAAAUUGGUGAGUAGAGAAAUUAGCUGACCCGUGAUACAAUGUAAUGUAUGUCUCCAUAUUUCUAUGUGAUAUGCUUAGUUUGUUGUUAAUAUGUACACAUAUCAUGACUUGUUUAGGAGUUUAAUUGCUGGAUUAUAAUAAAUGUGUAAGAUACAUUAGGCUAGAUAGGUAACAUUGUGAGGUGGAUUAUAAGGUGAUUUUAAGUGUGGGAGGAAACUGGUCCAAGAGUCCAGUUUUCUUCUAGGUUAAAGGCAAGUGAGCUACCACUGUGCCACCCAACCAGCCUAAAUCUGUGUGGAAUGAGGGUGUGAGAAAUCAUGUAGAACAAGGAAGAGUUGGAUUAUAUGUUGAGAGUGUGAGAAGUCCUGUGGAUUACAGGUCAGAGGUUAAUUAUAAGGUGGACGUGUGAGAGGUUUUGUGGAUUAUAUUGUGAGCGCGAGACAUUAUGUGGAUUAAAAUAUGAGGGUGUGAGAUUAUCUGGAUUAUAAUGUGAGGGUGUGAGAUUAUGUGGAUUAAAAUAUGAGGGUAUGUGACAUGUGGAUUAAAAUGUGAGGGUGUGAGACAUUGUGGAUUAAAAUGUGAGGGUGUGAGAUUAUGUGGAUUAAAAUGGGAGGGUGUGAGAGAUCAAGUGAAUUACAUAAUAGAGUGUAUCAUAAGUUGAAAGCGUGAAAGGUCACAUGGUGGUAUUGAGUUUUAUUUUAAGGUUAGUAUAUAGCAAGCUACUCUGUGAUAUUCAAGGUUUAUCCUGUAAUACACAGGAACUGGUACAUUUGCAUAACCCGAGAUGUGUUAAUGUUAUUUUCAAAUUAAUUGAUAUAUCUAAUACAAUUUAAUAACUUAUCCCAAAUGAAAAUCUGUCAGUUAUGCCAGAUAUUGAAAAUGUUUGUUUUAACUUCUGACCCAUCCAUAGUAUAAUCUGCAGACUUGUCCUAGAGAAGAUACUUUAAAUGCCACAGAGAUUGCUGGUAUUUUGUUGAUUUAUGGGUGUAGAAUCAAGUCUGUGUAAUCUAUGCUGACUCCAUACUGAAUGAAUCCCUUUUAGUAUAAUAAAUGACAGUGAAUGUUGGAGUUACCCAGUGAAGGAAUCCAACAAAACAUCAAAUAACAAAUGGAGUGGGGCUGGUGGGAGGAGUUAAUCACAUGUAUGUAAUGUGCAAAUUUUUCUUCCUUUUUUGUUGCGCUCAUGUAUUUAUAAUACUGACCAAACUCUGUAUGAUACUUCUCAUAAUACAUAAACAUAGCACACACACCAAAUUGUGAAAUAUGCGAGAGAAAUUGAAACCGUCCUUAUAUUUUAAUUUUAUGCGAGAAAAAAUGGAACCGUCCUUAUAUUUUAAUUUCAUGAAGGAUCAGGAAUGAUGCUGUAUGAUUGUGCUGGAGUGGAUACAAAGUUUAUAUUUAGAGUGUACUAGUAAGUUAGUGAAAACUUAUUUAUUAUUUAAUGCAUUUUGAUACAUAUCCAAUAAAUUGAGAAAUUUAUAAAA